UGGCUGUGGAGGAAACCCACAAGCCACGCCUCCAACCUGAGAUUCACCCUCGCUGCCUGUGCGACUAUAGAUAUAACUCCUUCUUAGUCCAUUCCCUUCACAUUUUACAGUGCUGGCAGGAUGUCCAACGUAAACAAUACACCUGGGAAAAUUGGGCUCUAUUGAAUAAGAAGCUUCAUAAAUAGCAGGAAAAUCGCGUUGCUCACGGAAACUUGGAAAGUGUGAUUGUCUGCGUCAUCAGUGGCACAUCUAUCAGUGUAUUUUCUUGACGCGGGGGAAGCUGUGAUCCCCACCAGCAUCACAGACCAACUCUCCUUCAUCAACUAGUCUUCAAUCUCUUCAAUAAACUCCAUCCAAAACAUAUAUGGAGAAAUUCGACGUCUUCCGGAACAUCGCAAGGUCCAUCCUUGGUGUGUUAUUGCUGGUGGCGACCGUAAAUGGCGCCAUGGGAUGGUUCUGCUACAGUCACACCCCUGGCAAAGAGGGCACUGGCUGGAUCUUCUGCCCGAGUACCUCCUGCUAUACUGUUGGCGUCAGCAUCUUCGGAGUUGGUGAUUCCAAGCGCGGUUGUGCAGACAAGUCAUAUCCGGACACCUGCCAGAAAGCCACAACAAUUAUUGCCUCUGGUGAUGUGUGCUUCUGCAAUGGUUUCCUGUGCAACUACAGUAGUGCUGGAACCACCUCCCUCUUCCUACCACUCCUCAUACUCCCGUAUGUUCUGCACAAAUUCCUGUAGAAUUAGGAAAACUGGUGUCAAUGUUGCACACAAUCUAUAAGAUAUCAGUGACAGUUGUGUUUGGCAUCUACACUUUCUCCUCAUGACGCUUACCACAACCAAUGUUGAUUCUACCACUGAGCAUAGUUUUUAGUGCCUUCCUUUGGCAUUUCAGUUAGUGUAUCAUAAAGUACAGUACCAGAAAUUAUUGUAGUACUGUGGACUACUGAAAUGGUAAAUAUAAUUAAUACUCUAAAUCUAUUCUGUUAUUUCUACAUCUUCUUUUUGAUUAAUAAGAACCAGGAACUGUUAUUUACUUUAUAGUCUGAUGGAUAUUCUGUACACACAUUUUUUAUUGAUCAAGGAUAUUCAACAUUUAAACCCACUUUAUUGCGGACAUCAGGUUGAAAUCUUUCAUUAUGGCAGAUGCCGCACAUUAUUCAAUACUGGUGAUAAUUUUGUAACUAGUGCUGCAUUGUACUGUCCUGGUAACACCAAAAUUAUGUAAUGUAUGACUUCACUGUAUUGUUGACACCAGUGUAUCUGAUGCUGUACUGUACCAUACUCCAGUAGUGAUACCAUUGUAUUAAGUACUACUACUAUACUAUUAAAACCAAUAUAUCAAGUAAUGCAUUAUACUCUACUACAGUAGUAAGACCUUUGUUUCUCGAGCUGCAAUAUUCUGGACUGGUGAUACCAUGUUUAAUACUGCAUUAAACUGCUCUGGUGAACUAAUGUAUCUUUGUAUCUAGUGCUGCAUUAUAAUGUACUGGUGACACCAGUGCAGAAAGUGCUAUACUGUAUUGUACUGGUGACAUCAAUGUAUCAUGUUGUACCUACAUUAUACUAAAUUGGUAGACACCAGUGCACCAGGUGCUGCACGGCACUGGUGACAUAAUUGUAUCGAGUACUGUAUCACACUGUACUAAAAACCUGUAUCUAAGCUAUACUCCACUGUAUUGGUGACACAAUUGCAUUGUAUUGCAUAGCACUUUGAUUGGAAGUGCCAUAAUACAGUGUAGUGGAGCAGUUAUACAUACAAUCAUUCACUGCAUAGUGUGUUUCAUGGCAUGUCAUUUUGGAACCAAGAGAGACCUCUAAUAACUUUUACUAACAAAUGUCAACAAGCAUGCAUUGCUGACCAUUUGAUCUUGUAAGGUUCAAAGUUAUUCUUAUUAUCAGUCAAAGUACAGUAUUAAAGGAAUGGAAAAGGAGCAGAAUGUUGCAAAAAUAGCUAACAUAUUAAGUUUUAGACAAAACAAGCCACAAUUGCAUAGUUUGUUUGUACCUGUAUUAUACUCAUUAGAUGAUGAUAUUCCGCUACUGCUUGAGGAAAUCCUGCAGUAAACAACAGUUAUUCCUAGAGAGCAAAGUACUGUAGAGUAAAAAAUAAAAUAAAAACAAUCUGUUGUGAUCUUAAAAAAUUUAAAUUGUAUUUAUGGUAAAGUUGUUGAAUAUAGUUCACAUUUAACCUUAAAAGAUAUAGAACUAAAAUUUCUCAGAUUAACUCAAUAUUUUAUGUGCGCUAACACACACACACACACACACACUGGUGGAUCUAGGAUUUUGCAAGGGGUGUUAGUGGGGUGAGGAUGGUUCUCAACCUAACAUUAAAUAUAACACUUGGCUCAAACAAACCACAAUGUGGGUGUUUAAAGUUCUGUGAAUAGUAAGUUUAAGAGAAUAGACAGCCAGUCCAUAAGUGUUGUAUUUAAUGCUCCAUGUACAUAAUACAAUUGGUCAAUGAGGGGCUGAACCCUCUUCAGCCCAUCUGGAUCUGCCACUGUACACUUACACAAAAAUUUCAUUUGUUUUAAAAUUAAAACUUGAAACAUAAGUUUAAUCUAGUUCACAAUCAACUCCAGAAUGAUUCAUGAUAUAAUUUGCAUUUAAAUACUUAAAAAUACCAGAUGUGAUUUACAAUCAAAUCUUUACAUGGUACAAUAAGUUUAAUUUACAAUUAAAGCAUGCAAGGCAUGUUAGACAUAGGUCUUUGUUUUCCAAACAUUAUUUUUUGUUUAUGUUCACAGUUACUCAGCAAAACACACAAAUAACAAUUUAUACUGGAACAUUACCAGAUACAGUAGACUUAGUUUAGAGGUAAGUCCUGCAAUUCACAAGAAAUGGUUUACAUUUAAUCCUGCAAAGUUUAAUCGGCUUGGUUAAGUUAAACCAUACAAGAUAUACUAAGCAUAAUUCUUAUUUGUCCUACUAGGCACAGUAAGGGAUAAUGAUCAUUGAGUUUACUUCAUGGCACUGACAAAACUAUGGAGAUGGAAUUACCAAAAUAGAGUUAAUUGUCUCCAAGGUCAAUUUGAUAAACACAUGACAAUUACAGUAGUUGUAAUUUAUCUUAGAAAGAAUAAAAAAAAUUCUCCUAAAUGUCCUGGCUUUGCCUAUUGAUAGAUAAGAAUAAACCUUAGAAGGUCAGUUCCUGAAGAAUAACAUUUUAGAAUUACCUAUGUAAAAGACAUAAAAAUGUAAGAAGUUUCUUGUAGCACUAGAUGUAAGUUAGUUUGUCCUUAAAUGAAUUUGUAGUGAGACAGAUAGGCAAAGUAUAAUAGAGUUUUCGCCACACUUUCAACACGCCACGCAAAAUAUAAGUUUGCAUAGAGCUACAGUUAAUGUAGUGAAAGUAGUGAACUUCAUGAAUCGUAGAUAUUUUGUAUUUUCUUCUGCUGUUAUAUUGUGCUUCUGGUGCGUGGCAUCACACCAAGAGCUUUAUAUUAUCUAAAACAUUAUAUGAAGGGCUUUAUUGAUCUAAUUGUAUCUUAUACGAGCCAGUCAAUAAAGUUUAUCAUAGAUGUA